AUGCCGCUCUGUCUCACCUUCAUCGACUUGAAGAAGGUCUUCGACUUAGUUGAGACGGAAGCGGUCGUGGAAGCCUUGGACAACCAAGGCGUCCCUACUCAGUACAUAAAGGUACUUCGAGAGUUGUACAGUAACUUCACGACGGGAAUUUCGCCAUUCUACAAGAACAUCAUCAUUGACAUGAAGAGGGGGGUCCGACAGGGUGAUACAAUCUCACCCAAAAUAUUCACAGCCACACUCGAGAACGCAAUGCGAAAGUUGGAAUGGGACGACAUGGGAGUGAAGGUUGAUGGACGGCAGCUACACCAUUUGCGCUUUGCUGAUGACAUCGUACUGAUAACACCUAGCAUCAGCCAAGCGGAACGAAUGCUGACCGAAUUCGACAAAACAUGUGGAUGCAUCGGUCCUCAGCUGAAUCUACAAAAGGCGAGUUCAUGCGGAACGGAUGAGUCUUGGAUCACCCCAUUCACGCUCAACGGAACGAACAUAUCCGAAUGCACCAGCUACGUUUAUCUGGGUCGGGAACUGAACAUGAUGAACGAACUGACCCCCGAACUGGGCAGGAGGAGACCAGCGGCUUGGGGAGCGUAUAAGAGCAUCGAACAUCCGGCUCCGUGCUCACCUCUUCAACACCAUCGUACUUCCUGCUUUGACCUAUUCUUCGGAAACCUGGGCAUUUCGCAAGCAGGAAGAAAACGCAGUGAGCGUCAUUGA